GGGCGGGGUUGGUUGUUCCCCCAGCACCCGCAGCUUCCUGGUCCCAGUCGCAGCCAUGGCUGAAGAACAGGCACAGGUCGAGUUGUUCGUCAAGGCUGGCAGCGAUGGUGCCAAGAUUGGGAAUUGCCCCUUCUCCCAAAGACUUUUCAUGGUGCUCUGGCUUAAGGGUGUCACUUUCAAUGUCACCACUGUAGACACCAAAAGGAGAACAGAGACAGUACAGAAGUUGUGUCCUGGAGGUCAGCUUCCAUUUUUACUGUAUGGCACAGAAGUGCACACAGACACUAACAAGAUUGAAGAGUUUCUGGAGGCAGUGCUGAGCCCUCCUAGGUACCCCAAGUUGGCAGUUAAGAACCCAGAAUCCAACACAGCUGGCCUGGAUGUCUUUGCCAAAUUUUCUGCCUAUAUCAAGAAUUCAAACCCAGCACUCAAUGCCAACCUGGAGAAAGGGUUGUUGAAAGCCCUGAAGGUUCUGGACAACUAUCUGACAUCACCACUUCCUGAGGAAAUAGAUGAGACAAGUGCAGAAGAUGAGGGUGUCUCCCACAGAAAGUUUCUGGAUGGUGAUGAGCUCACAUUGGCUGAUUGCAACCUGCUGCCCAAGCUCCAUAUUGUACAGGUUGUAUGUAAGAAAUAUCGGGGAUUUUCUAUCCCAGAAGAGUUCAGAGGGUUGCAAAGAUACCUGCGUAAUGCUUAUGCCAGAGAGGAGUUUGCCUCUACUUGUCCAGAUGCAGAGGAGAUAGAGCUGGCCUAUGAGCUAGUAGCCAAAGCCCUAAAGUAACCAUGGACAGAGCUUCUUUCCUUCCCUACCCCCUACUGCUUUCACAAAUGGCUUUUCAGAACCACUCCAUGGAAUUGGCUGCCCAAUGAACACACUUCAAGAUAGCCACUGGACAGCGAAUUUUGAAAUAAAGUACAGGAGGGUAGACAAGGUUGUUGGGGAUGGGACGGGGAAGAAAAUGAGUGGCAUUUUGUUGUGUUUUUUUUGAAGGGGAUAGGAUGAAAAUGUAUUUCAUUAAUAAAACAGAAUCAAAAUAUA